AUGGAUUCAAACAGCCUAGCCAACAGGCUCGGCCCACAGGGAAACACGGGAAACACAGGCAGUGGACGCGGAGGAGGAGGCGGUGGUCGUGGUCGCAGUGGUCGAGGUGGUGGUCGCGGUAGAGGGCGAGGAGGUGCUGGUGCUGGACGAGGUCGCGGCAGGGGUCCUCGUGUUGGCCUAGCGGGAGCCUCGGAACAACAGUCGCCACUGACUGCAACCGCCAGCAGCAGUGUUGUCGCCACUCCCGAUGAGACACCUGCUGCCUCUGGCACUAACACACCCACAUGGACACCCAAGCCUAUCGCUCCCGGCACCGAUGCUGCUGUCUAUCUCACGGAAAACAAGUUUGCGGAUCUCAAGGGCUCCGUUGACGAUCGACUUCUCUCGGCCAUUCCCUUCCCUACCAUGUCCGCUGUUCAAGCUGCCACUCUUUCGACUGCUCUGUCGGGCAAGGACGUGCUGGCACAGGCUAAGACCGGUACGGGCAAGACGCUCGCCUUCCUCAUUCCUUCCAUCCACAAGCUUUGUGCUCUGCCCAAGCCACCACCGCAAACAUCGAUCUCGGUGCUUGUCCUCUCGCCUACUCGCGAGCUGGCGCUACAAAUCGAAAAGGAGGCCCACAUGUUGCUCGCCAAUCUCCAAGGCACUUUCGGUGUCCAGCACGUUGUCGGAGGAACCAACAUUGGCGCUGAGCGAAAGCGUCUCCAGAAGGAUCGCAAAGAUAUUCUGAUCGCUACUCCUGGUCGCUUGCUUGACCACCUCUCAAGCAACAAUUCGGGUCUCGAUCUGCGCCGAGCAUGUCAGAACCUCAGAGUGCUCGUUCUUGACGAAGCCGAUCGCAUGCUCGACAUGGGUUUCCGCAACGAGCUCGAAAAGAUUCUCAAGAUGCUUCCCGAUCCGGUUGCUAGCGAACGACAGUCGCUCUUCUUCUCGGCCACCAUCCCGUCGUUUGUUCACGAGGUGGCCAAACUUCGCCCUGACCACGCCUUCAUCUCGACGCUUACCGAACAAGACACCAACACGCACGAGCAUGUUCCGCAAGAAUCGCUCAUUUGCUCUCUCCGCGAUUGCCUGCCGCGUGCGCUCCAAGUGGUGCUUUCGGAAGCGGUUGGCUACCCAACCAACCACAAGAUCCUCGUAUUUUUGCCUACGGCAAGAUCGACUUCGUUGGCAGCCGCCGUAUUUACACAGCUGCGCAACCAGAAGAACUCGGCAUAUGCAAAGUUGGGACCUAUCUUUGAGAUUCAUUCGCGAAAGUCGCAGGCGGUGAGGACAAAGACCAUGGAGACGUUCCAGACGAGGGCAUCGGGUAUCCUCUUCUCUUCAGAUGUCACGGCGCGCGGUAUCGAUAUUCCAGGUAUCUCGCUCGUGCUCCAACUCGGACUACCCAGCAGUCUAGAGCAGUACAUUCAUCGUCUUGGACGAACUGCUCGAGCGGGCAAACAGGGUCGCGGCGUUUUGAUCCUUGCCGAUUUCGAAGCGUUCUUCCUGAACCAACAAGAUGUCAAGAAGUUGCCUAUCACUAAACUAGACGUAGCAGCCGUGGAGACCGAGAGUCGAGUCACACUGCCACAGGUAGCGACGGACGUAGAUGGCGCGAUGCAAACCAUCGAUUCCACCACAAGAAGCCAGGCGUACCAGGCUCAUCUAGGCUUUUACAAGGCAUACUUGAAACAGCUCAAGUGGACAUCGGAACAGCUCAUCGCUUCAACGAAUGACUAUGCCAGGCACAUUUUGCAGUGGCCGGCGGAUCCUUCUGGAACGUGGGUGGGUCCUCCUUUGUUGCAAAAGACGGUUUCCAUGAUGGGCUUGAAAGGUAAGCCCGGCUUGAACAUUGUCAAGGAAUUGCCGGCCAAGACCAACGCUGGAGGAAGAGGCAGUGCCGGUAAUGAGCUCAAGAGACAUGGUCAGACUCAAGGAGGGCGCCAAGCUAACAAACGUUAA